AAGCCGAGAGAGGCCGUAUCCCUCCGAUACAUUUUCACGGUGCUUUUCUCGAGAAAACGAGUUAAUCAUCUAGUUAUCACGAGAUAACGAAAGCCGUUUUCUCGUGAUAACAAGAUGAUUGGUGUGUGUUAAAACUGAUUAUCCCGGUCAUUGGGUGCAAUUACACAUACAACCAAUUGGGGGCAGUGGUCACUCUGGUGGCAUAAACAGGAGCGAGCACACCGAGGAAGAUUACAUUUUCUGGUUGGCUUUCAGCUUGUGUGUCUAAUCUGUUUUAUACUCCAGGUCAGUAUUAAUGCAUUUAGAAGCGGUAUUUAAGUUAUCAGUAAGAGCUGACAAAGUUAUGAAACCUAGGGUUGAGUAAUACAGUAUUCAGUUUGUGAAAAGUAUUGAGUUGAAACGGGACAUGUUAAUGAAAAGCUAACUAAUGCUAAUGCUAGCGAACUUUCUGCUUGUGUGAAGCGCGGCAGAUUCAGUGUUAAAGGGACAGUACACCAUUUUCGGGUUUGGAGUGAAAGAGUAGUGUUGAUUCGGAAAAUGUGAGAUGGUUAUUCUGUUUAAAGACUGGAAACAGUUAAAAGCUAAAAUGUUUGUGCACAGAAAGGAAAAAAAAAACUAUACAAAAUAGUUACUUUGCUGAUAUAUAGUACAAGUGGUCUGAGGAAAAAAGAGAAAAGGUAUUGAAGGUAAAGCAAUGAAUAAGGAGAUUCAUAAUUAAAGGAUUCAUAAUUAUUAAAGAAUUAAUAAGUCUCAUUCAAACAUUCCUAAUGUUAAAAAAGAAAGUGUUCUCUUGUUUGGAUGAAUGCCAUGGUAUAUUUAAAAUUUGUGCAACAGAAAAAGAUAAAAUCUUCCAGUUGGUGCUAAAAGGAGCUCAACUUGUUUGUCUCAUCUGUUUUAUACUCCAACCACACAGGUCGAGGGAAGAAAUCAUUACGUUACCUGCGACCUAUCCAAGGUUGCAGGGCAACACAUUAACCCCCAAAAUGAGUCCAGAUCAAAGUUUUUCAUUAAAAAAUAGUAUUAUUAGUAUUUGCGCACACGCAGUACCGCGACUGCGCAACUACGGGCACAACAGGCAUGGAUGGACUGGGAAUCCAGGGCUGUCGGUCAGCCUCAUUCAUCACUCAUACAGGUUUACAGAAGGGAACAUGGCACAUUUCAGUGUAGCAGCAGCAGAUUUUAUAAUAUUAUAUUUUUAAACCCAAAAGGUUGACAUUAAUUUCUCUACAGAAAGUGUAGUAAAAAGUAAAGACUGCGGUUCUACACAAGGGUCAACAGGUGCCAGUGCCCCUGUAGAAAAUUUUUUGUUUGAUCCACAGUAAUUAAUAUUUAAUUAAAAAGCAUCGGAGGGAGAGAACUGAAACAUGUCCUAUAUCAGUUUGAUUUUAAAUUAAGUAUACAAAUGAAAAUUAAACUAUUUGGUCCCGGGCCAAAGUUUCUAGAUCCUACCGACCCAGCCCCCCCUCCCCCCGGGGCUAUUUUACCAAUGUCUUUGUAAAAUUAGUUCAGGUUUUCUCUCUUGUGUUGUGCAGUAGGCAGUCACUGAGUGUAUAAACCUUAAAAAUUAAAUUUAUUUAGUUUGCAUUAAAAAGGGGAUAAAAAUGGGUCAAUUUUUGCCAGUGUUAGUUUGCAUGCUUAAGAUGAAGAUCCAUUGUGAAGGAGACUGCUUAUCCCUGUGAGAUUAACUGUACAAGUUAAGGUUGAGUUAGAUAAUGCUGGAAGUUUACCAUUUUCAGGCAGGAGUAACUCCCAUUUUCUCACAGCAUCUUUCUAUAUAUAACCUCUGUUGCUAAAAACAGUGUCAGAACUUAGAGCAUUAGAUGUCUUUAUUGUAAUAAAUGUGGUAUUUUAAAGCGCAACAUUUGACAGCAAUUAACAUGUGUUGUUCCUAUUAUUUUCCCAGAUUACAAUGGACCAGUUUCUCUCAGCUUUAAGAGAAAGAGGUGUUCCUGAGGUAAACCUAACAAAAAUGGCAGAGGACAAGGUCAGGCUCACCUACAUGUUCCAAAUCAGUGGAUCAAGAUAUUGUAAGGCUGCUUGGUGAAGAGGAACUCUCAGUUUAUAUUCCUCGGUACGGUGACCGUGUUUUUGCCAAAAACUGGCGGAAUUCCUCUUCGGCUGAAGCAGGGGAGACAGAGGAGAGGAAAAGAAAGUUGAUAAAUCGCCUAAGAGAGAAAAUGAAACUUCCCUCUACACCCUCCCUCGCAGGAACCAGCAAUAGCCAGUCAAGACCUGGACUUGGAAAUAAGAAUGCAGAGAGACAGACUAGAAAAAUUGAACUUGGCUGGCUUAACUACCAAGACUGUGUGUACAAGCAAGUAAGAAGGCCUACUGGAGGCGGAACAAGAGAGAUGAUUGUCAAAAAAAAUGACUUGGUAUCCAGCCUUCUUGAGAAGGGUAAAACAUUAUUUUUUCCUAAUGGUAAGUCAAAGAAAGGAAAACUAGAAGACUUUGAGUUCAUGCUUUCUCUCAUGGGUUCUGAGGAGCCCCUUGAGGACAAUUUAACAAUUGGAAGUUUGUAUGAGCAAACAAACCAUAAGCUUCUCAGGAUUUAUCUUUGUACAAAGUCAAAAAACUGUAGUGAUUCUGAUCCAAGCAUUGAUACAGAUGAGCCCAUUUUGCCUCAAAUAUCCAGCCAUGCUGAGCCAUCCUCAUCCAGCUCAUCAGUGUGUGUGUCAAGUCCCUUGCCUUGCAGCAAUUUACAAAAUGCAUCAACACCCCAAACUACUUCUCCUCAGGCACAAGUCCUGCCACAGUCAAUGCAACUGUUGAUUGGUGAUGAUGAUGAUGAAAUUAUCUUUAUUGGAUCAGAUACAAACUUACCUAUUGAUGACCUUGCAGACACACUGGUGUACUCACCCCUACAAGUCAGUACUGACCAAGCAGUAACCUUACUGACCACUGAAGCUUCAGAUUCACCUCAACAAACAGUGGCAGCAGACAUGGUUGAAAAUGAAGAUGGUAUUGGUCCCAUGAUGGAUUUUGGACAAGUAUCCUCUCCUCAAGCAGUACGGGAUUUCUUUGAAAAUCCAGAAAAUAUUGCUGAAAAGCAGACUCUUGUGAUUCGGCAAGUAAACUGUGUUAUGGAUAUGGUUGAAGCAUUUGCUGAUGAGAAUAUCUUAGAUGCUAAUAUUUCAUUCCGACGUGUGCUUGAGCAUGGCGAGGUUGAGGCUGGAGUGGGAAGUGGGAUCAUUAGAGAUAUUCUCACUGAUUUCUGGAAUUUGUUUUAUGCAACAAAGACAUGUGGAACAACCUACAAGAUCCCUACUCUGCAUCACAGUUUUCAACAAAAAGAGUGGGCUGCUGUUGCUCGUGUCUUGGCCUUUGGAUGGCACAAAUUCCAGUACCUCCCUAUUCAGCUUGCCCCUCCAUUUCUAACAGAGGCUCUGUCACUCAGAACUUCAGAAAAUAACCUAAUGGAGGCUUUCUUUAAUUUCAUCAGUCCCACUGAGAAGGAUGUGCUAACUGAAGCUCUUGAAAACUUCAAAAUGGCUGAUGAAGAGGAACUUCUCAGCAUUCUUAGCAGUCACAACUGCAGGUUGCUCCCAACCAAAGAAAAUCUACAAAAACUAGUGGAAGAAAUAGCUCACAAAGAGAUGGUGCAAGAACCAGCUUUCAUCAUCAAGUGCUGGCAGCCAGUUCUUAGAUCUGUUGGAGAAUCAAUGACUUUUCAUGAUCUGAACAAGAUUUUAGAUGAUCUGAAACCCAGAGCAAGAAAUAUUACCAAGUGUAUUCAGUUCCCUGCAGGCAUGUCAGACGCAGAAACAAUCACUUCCAACCAACUCUUAAGAUUUAUAAGAGAAAGAGAUGAGAAGGAGCUUGGCCUUUUCCUCAGAUACUGUACUGGGUCUGACUUGUUCCUGGCUAAAACCAUUAAGGUCACAUUUUCAAGUAUGUCUGAGUUUACAAUGCGCCCUGUGGCACACACCUGUAGUUGCUCAUUGGAACUACCGUGUAACUACAGCAACUAUGCAGAAUUCAAAUCAGAAUUUUGCUCGGUAUUAAAAAGUGGUGUGUGGGUGAUGGACAUGUUCUAAAGAAAGUUUGGUUACACUUUGGUGGAAGAGAAGAUUCCAAUGCUAUUCUGUUAUGUUCAAAACAGCCUAUAGAUAGUUAUGUAUAUGUGCUGGACACUUUCACUGUAGCAGGAGAAAAAAUUUGCUUAUUUUUGUUUAUAUCAAACGUUUCGUAAUACUGAAGGUUUUGUUUAAAAAAAAACAGUUAUUAAGCUGUGUUUUACUUAAAGUAUUCAGGAAAGUAAGAAUGAACAUCAGCAGGCUCAACUCUAUUCUGUUUAGGAUUUAUUACAAGUUACAUGUUUUAUUUAUGUAGCUACACAUAAGCUACUUAAAAUAUUGAUUUACUUUAUAUGUCAAUUUCAGCAACAGCACUUGUUUGUGAGAUAUGGACCUAUGGCAUAAUGUUGUGAAAAAUGAGUCCAAGUUUAAUCAAUAAAAACAUUUCUCAUCUGUUA